CAUUACUUUGUCCAUCUCAUCGAACCAUGGCCACCAACCCACGCUUCGUGGCGUCAUUCGACGUGGAGAGCAGCGACAAGUACACCAGCUUCAUCGCCGGCAUCCGCAGCAGGCUGGCCAACACGAAGCACUACUCCCACAACGUCCCCGUGCUGCCGCCGGCGGACCCGCCCGGCACCCCGCCGCGCCGGUGGUUCCACGUGGUGCUCAGGACGCGGACCAGCACGCUCACGCUCGCCAUCCGGGCCGACAACCUCUACCUGGAGGGCUUCCGGAGCAGCAACGGCGCGUGGUGGGAGCUCACCCCCCGCAUCAUCGCGGGCGCCACCCACCUGGGCUUCGGCGGCACCUACCGCGACCUCCUCGGCGACACGGACAAGCUGGCCGGCGUCGCGCUCGGCCCGCAGCAGAUGGCCGAGGCCGUGAACGCGCUCGCCGGGCGCACCGCGGCCGACGCCGGCUCGGGCGCCAAGCAGCAGCAGGCGAGGGAGGCCGUGGUGGCGCUGCUGCUCAUGGUGAACGAGGCCGCGCGGUUCCAGACCGUCUCGGGGUUCGUGGCCGGCCUGAUGCACCCGAGGGCGGCGAAGAACAAAGGGGCCAUCACCGGGGAGAUGAAGGCGCAGGUGAACGGGUGGCAGGACCUCUCCGCGGCGCUGCUCAAGACGGAUAAAUAUGAAGAAGAGAAGCCUAAUAAACAAGACAAGAAGAAGCCGGAGAAAAAGGGCCCGGAAACGUUCCCGGCGUUUGACAAGAUGGGGGUGAAGACGGCGGACCAGGCCGCCGCCACGCUGGGGAUCCUGCUGUUCGUCGCCGUGGAGGGCGGGAUGGCCAGGGACAAGGCGCUGCAGCUGUUUCGUGGGACUCCAAAUUACUAGUAGCUUGGUGUGUACGUGGAUUGAUUGAUGCUUCAGGCCGCAGAAACCCUACUAGCGAUUAGCCGAUUAUACUUUAAGUUUUUUUAACACAAACACAAACGCUUACAUACACGCGCACAUAUUCACCCAUAUGAACGAACACACGCAUAUUCUACCUCUAUAAGCAUGUUUCAAAGACUAAGCCGGCAUACUUUAUAUCAUUUACUA